CACAAAGACACAACGUACACUGGAGCUGCUUCACAUCAGCCUAUUUUAUAGCAUAACAUUGUCAAAGUUAAGUCAAAGCAAUUCAUAUAUGGAUUGAUUUUUUUUUAUUCAAAAUGAAUAUGAAGACUAAGUGGGAUCUCUAACUGUGAGGGUCCAGUGGGAAGCCAGUGCCCCCUAGUGGCUGAAGUUGUAGUUUAAGGGUUUAUGGGGGGAAUAUCAACUGAUUUAUAAUCCUGCCACACAAACACUAAAAUGUAAUUCACGCACAGUCUUUGAAAUAUUAUUAUUUUGAAUGGAGAAAGGGCCGUUUCAAAAAUGUUUUGCCCACCCUUCUAUAUCAAACAAGGGGAGAUUCAUGUUAUAUUCACUUCAGUCUAGACUGAGGAACAGUGAGAGGAGAAAAUAAUAAUUAGACAGGGUGGCGGGUUGUCUCUCGAGUUAUGUGGUGCUAAUAAUAACUCUUUACAACUCAUUUAUUUAUCUGUGCCUCCUUUUAUGGGAGUGUACAGAUUCAGGAACAUCAUAUCAUUGAAGAAAGAGGGGAGGUAAUUGGGGUCUGUCUCAUAGAUUGUGUGUGUGUGUGUGUGUGUGUGUGUGUGUGUGUGUGUGUGUGUGUGUGUGUGUGUGUGUGUGUGUGUGUGUGUGUGUGUGUGUGUGUGUGUGUGUGUGUGUGUGUGUGUGGGGGAUGCUAGCGGUGGGAAGCCCUGUCUCUUUGACAUCUGAUCAAUAAGUGGCUGAGACAGGAAGAGAGGCCAGGGAUUACCGAUCUAAUUGGACUGAGAAUAGGGAGGACGGGAACACACACACACACACACAAAACACACACACAUAGUCUAGAUGCAUGCUCACACACUAGAUAGAUCUGUCAGACUGUGGCGAUAUGUUCAAAUAUACAAAUCACACUCACACGUGCAUACGGCAUGGCAGCAUCGUAUCUCACACCCUGCCAUCCAGCGACAAUACAUCACCUGACAGGAGUGGUGAGAGACCAAAAGGGAAUUUGCGUUUCCUGAAGCUGCUUCUGUCCAGGCGAGCUAACUGGCUGCAGAAAGAUUUAGAGGAGAUGACCCCGCUCCACCUUGCCACCCGACACCCCUCCCAAAAAGCCCUCGCCUUGCUGCUUAAACACAUCGGACCUGGAGAGGUUGACACCCAAGACAAGAACAAGCAAACGGCUCUCCACUGGUCGGCUUUUUAUAACCGACCAGAACACGUUCGCCUCCUGAUCAAGCACGACUCCAACAUUGGCAUCCCAGACAGUGAGGGCAAGAUUCCUCUGCACUGGGCAGCGCACAGUCAGGAGCAGAGCGCUACACAGACUGUCCGCUGCAUACUGGAGGCAGCUCCCACUGAGUCCCUGCUGAACUGGCAGGACUAUGAGGGGCGGACCCCCCUGCACUUUGCGGUUGCUGACGGUAACGAGGCAGUGGUGGAGGUGCUGACGUCUUACGGGGGUUGUAAUGUGACAGCUUAUGAUAACCUCUUCAGAACCCCGCUGCACUGGGCAGCUCUGCUCGGCCAUGCCAAAAUAGUCCACCUGCUGCUGGAGAGAAACACUUCAGGCACUAUUCCCUCAGACAGCCAAGGAGCAACACCUCUGCACUAUGGGGCUCAGAGCAACAAUGCUGAGACAGUGGGUGUGUUUCUGUCCCACCCGUCUGUCAAGGAUGAACCCGACCUGGAGGGGAGGACGGCUUUUAUGUGGGCCGCUGGGAAGGGCAGUGAUGAUGUCAUCCGCACCAUGCUGGCCCUCACCCCUCACAUUGACAUCAACAUGGCCGACAAGUACGGAGGCACCGCACUGCAUGCGGCCUCCCUGUCAGGCCAUGUGAGCACAGUGAAGCUGCUGCUGGAGCGGGGAGCGAUGGUCGACUCUUUGGAUGUAAUGAAACACGCGCCGCUGUUUCGGGCUUGUGAGAUGGGACACAGAGAUGUCAUUCUCACACUCAUCAAAGGUUCUGCAAGCGUGGACCUGGUAGACGUGGAUGGUCACACUGCGUUGCAUUGGGCAGCUCUUGGAGGCAAUGCUGAGGUCUGCCAGAUACUCAUGGAGAAUGGGAUCAGUCCCAACGUACAGGACCAGGCAGGACGGACUCCUCUGCAGUGUGCUGCUUAUGGCGGAUACAUCACCUGCAUGGCUGUGCUCAUGGAGAACAAUGCUGAUUCAAACAUACAGGACAAGGAGGGGCGGACAGCUCUCCACUGGUCAUGUAACAAUGGCUACCUGGACGCUGUGAAACUGCUGCUGGGAUACAACGCCUUUCCUAAUCACAUGGAGCACACUGAGGAGAGGUACACCCCUCUGGACUACGCUCUGCUGGGGGGGCACAGUGAGGUGACUCAGUUCAUGCUGGAGCACGGCGCUCUGUCCAUAGCAGCCAUCCAGGACAUCGCUGCUGCCUCCAUCCAGGCGGUCUACAAGGGCUACACCGUCCGCAAGGCCUUCAGGGAGAGGAAGCAGCUCUUCAUGAGGCACGAGCAGCUGCGCAAGGAUGCAGCCAAGAAACGAGGAGAAGAAGAACAGCGCAGGAGAGAAGCUGUGCAGCUAGUCUCUGUGGACGCUGCAGAGAAGAGAAGGGGCCCUUUGGUGAAAACAGAGCAGGACCAACUUGUGAAUAUUAUAGAGGACUUAUCCAUAAAUGACUCUGUGGUGGAAAAAAAGAGAUCAUCAAAAGCUGAACGCACCAGAAGCAAAGAGGAGAGACUCAAAGCCCACAAGAGCAAAUCCUCCAGAAAAAGUAAAGCAUCUGAACCACAUGAGGUUCAUGAUGCUUUGAUCCGCCACUGUCAUGUGCCCGGUGCUCUCCAGACCACCAGGCUGAGGGAGCUCUCUCCUGCCGGCUGCAGCCCUCCACCCAGCCUCAAACCUCGACCCCCCUCCACGCCCAGAGUCAGGGAACGCCCCUCUUCAGGCACGUGCAUUCCUUCCAUCAGCGUCGCAGGGACAGACACUAUUAACAGAGAAUUUAUCCCUCUGAGAAAGAAGGAUGCUCACAUGACUGUGCACACUGCCGCUGGCAAGGAUGAUGCCCCCGCUGCUCUACAAAAGCACAGAAACCACAAAGAGCAGACUUCAGAAAAGGCCGCCACCAAAGACCAAACUCUCAUUCCCUCAUUAAGAGGCAGUUCAUCUUUAGAUCAUAAAAGCCCCUCAAGAAAGACUCAGUCUGCCACACAAGCACCCAUCUCAACACGCACGCACAAGGAACACAACAAAGAGCAGCGCAGGCGGAGGAAUGAGGCUGCGUGCAUCAUCCAGCGAGCUUGGCGGAGGUUCCACACACGCAGAAGGAGGAAGGUACAAGCCUGCAAAGAGGCGGAGUCAAGUGAUUCAAACCACGCCCACAAAGGGAAGAAGAUGGACAUCCGAGCCCAACCCGCCAAACUGUCAGCGAGUAAGAGCUCAGUUCUACAAAGUAUCUACGGAAACUCUAUGGCCAGAAGGGAGCGCUCACUUCAGGGCUCUCAGUCUCAGCUGCUCCUGGAGAUGCCUUUCCGCACCCAAAGCCAGCUGAGCGGUAUCGAGGGUGUGCAUCUGACUGACACCAUGAAUCAAUCCAAGCAGUACUCUUACCACCUGAGGCCACACAGCGCUGGACAAGGGACCACAGGCCGGGGGAAACAUUGAAACCCCACACACACACACCUCAUGUUCUUUGAUGUUUUCUCAGCUGGCUGGCGGCCUUCCCUCUAUAGAAUUACUUUACACAUUGUUCGCUCAAUGUGCCAAGCUUUCUAAAAUUAAGCCAUAUGACAUCAGAGGCAUGACCUCACAGGGUGGGGUUAAGUCUACAGAAAUGGUGUGUGUAAAAGAUAACCUUUCAUCCAUUGUGGAACACACACACGCCUUCCCACUCGUUCUCCAUCGCUCUCACACACACUGCGAUAACCUUUCCUCCUGUUGUGGAGAAUGAGGCAGUCUAUCAACAGCCGGUCAUACAGAUAGCCCACCUGCAGCCACACACACACACACUUACAGUUGCUCUCCACACAAGUCUCUAAAGAAACAUUUGUGUUUCUUUACUAUGAAUUUUGUAUUACUUUAAUAUGCAUUUGCACAAUAAUAAUCCAUCUUGUGUAAUUUGAUAUACCUGAAUGUUGUUGUUUUUUAAAAUGUGUAUUAUAAGAAAUAAAACAAAUAUUGACAGAA